AUGGAGGAGCAAGCAGGAGAGCAAUGGUUCUGCUGUGGCAGCCAGGAGCGCAGAGGCUGCAGCAACAAGACGAUGGCGAAGGUCAAGAAUGUGUUCAGGAUUAAUAACAUUACCAUAAGGCAGAUGCUGGCAGAAGCACUAUCAACAUUCAUCCUCAUGGAUUUUGGCUUGUCCUGUGUGGCACAAGUGGUACUGGGAAAAGGAAGCGUUGGUCAGUAUCUGAGCAUCAACAUAGCAUUUGGCAUUGGCGUUACCUUGGGUAUCUAUGCGGCUGGAAAAAUAUCUGGAGCUCACAUGAAUGCUGCCAUCACAAUUACACAGUGUGUUUUAGGAAACAUCUCUCCGAAAACGGCUGUAGCUUAUGUGUUCGGCCAGUUCCUGGGCUCCUUUUUGGCAGCAGCCGCCGUCUUUGCUCUCUACUACGAUGCUCUUUAUGACUACACCAAUGGGAGCUUUACAGUGACAGGACCAACUGCCACAGCAAUGAUCUUCUCUACGUACCCUGCUUCCAAUGUGUCCUUGCAGGGAGCCUUUUUCUCAGAGUUUACAGCAACAGUUAUGCUGAUGCUGGGUAUUCUAGUAAUCCAUGAUGAGAAAAACAACGCAGCUGUCAAAGGCGCUCAGCCCAUGCUCACGGGUAUCCUGGUCGUGGGCAUUGGUCUGGGAAUGGGGCUGAACACAGGCUAUGCCAUAAACCCCUCCAGGGACCUGCCCCCACGGAUCUUCACGGCAAUUGCUGGCUGGGGAAUGGAAGUCUUCUCGGCUGAUCAUUGCUGGUGGUGGAUCCCAGUCACAGCUCCAACUCUUGGAAGUCUUUUCGGUGUUCUACUCUACAAACUCUGCAUUGAAUUUCACAUCCCGCCUGAAGCUGAACCUGAGAAAGAUGAGGCAGGCACGGAGACUUCCCAGCUGUGA